AGAACUAUGAUCCAAUUCAAUUCCUCAGAGAGAGAGAGAGACUAAAGAGGAAGAAGAGAUAGAUAGAGAAAGAGAUAGAGAGAAAGAGGAGAGAUGGCAAUGUCAAUGGCGAUGGUGUUUCGCCGCCUCAGUUCUUCUGUAGACAAGCCAGUCAAGAGUAUCUUCAACGGCGGUCCCUUCUAUUACAUGUCUUCUCUACCUAGCCAAGAUGUUUACGAGAAAUCAGGCGUCACAUGGCCAAAGCAAUUGAACUCUCCACUCGAGGUCGUCGAUCCAGAGAUUGCCAAUAUUAUCGAGCUUGAAAAGGCCAGACAGUGGAAGGGGCUCGAACUUAUACCUUCAGAAAAUUUCACAUCUUUGUCUGUGAUGCAAGCGGUUGGAUCUAUAAUGACUAAUAAAUACAGUGAGGGUUACCCAGGUGCUAGAUAUUAUGGAGGAAAUGAGUACAUUGAUAUGGCAGAAACUUUGUGCCAGAAGCGAGCUCUGGAAGCAUUUCGACUGGAUCCAUCUAAAUGGGGAGUAAACGUGCAGUCUCUGUCUGGGUCACCGGCUAAUUUCCAAGUUUACACAGCAUUGUUAAAAGCUCAUGACAGAAUCAUGGCUCUUGAUCUUCCUCAUGGUGGCCAUCUUUCUCAUGGAUAUCAGACUGACACAAAAAAGAUAUCUGCAGUAUCCAUAUUCUUUGAGACAAUGCCCUACAGACUGGAUGAGACCACUGGAUAUAUAGAUUAUGACCAGUUGGAAAAAAGUGCUACCCUGUUCAGACCGAAACUCAUAGUUGCUGGUGCUAGUGCAUAUGCACGUCUUUAUGACUAUGCACGCAUUCGCAAGGUGUGCGACAAGCAGAAAGCUAUUCUGUUGGCUGACAUGGCACACAUCAGUGGGUUAGUUGCGGCUGGUGUGGUUCCAUCACCAUUUGAGUAUGCUGAUAUUGUGACCACAACAACUCACAAAUCACUCCGUGGGCCACGUGGAGCCAUGAUUUUCUUCAGGAAGGGAGUGAAAGAGAUUAACAAGCAAGGACAAGAGGUCUUGUAUGACUAUGAGGAUAAAAUCAACCAAGCUGUCUUUCCUGGACUUCAAGGUGGUCCACAUAACCAUACUAUCACUGGCUUGGCAGUUGCAUUGAAGCAGGCAACAACUCCAGAAUACAAAGCAUAUCAAGACCAAGUGCUCAGUAACUGCUCAAGGUUUGCUCAGACUUUAAUGGGGAGUGGAUAUGAACUUGUCUCUGGUGGGACUGAUAACCACUUAGUUUUGGUGAACCUUAAAAACAAGGGUAUUGAUGGUUCUAGAGUAGAAAAGGUGUUGGAAGCUGUUCAUAUUGCAGCCAACAAGAACACUGUCCCUGGAGAUGUGUCUGCCAUGGUUCCUGGUGGCAUCAGGAUGGGGACACCUGCUCUAACUUCAAGGGGAUUUGUGGAGGAGGAUUUUGCUAAAGUUGCAGAAUUCUUUGAUUCUGCAGUAAAAUUGGCUUUGAAGAUCAAAUCCGAAACUAAAGGAACAAAGUUGAAAGACUUCUUGGCAACAUUGCAGUCAAGUUCUUCAAUCCAAUCUGAGAUUUCUAAGCUCAAACAUGAUGUGGAAGAGUACGCAAAACAAUUCCCAACAAUUGGUUUCGAGAAGGAAACCAUGAAAUACAAAAAUUGAUCAUUACCAUAUUCUCUGCAACUACCGUGGAUGCCAAUAGGGGAUGCAAAUUAUUUGGCAGUUGGAAGCGUAUAUAGUCUCAUGUGAAGGAUGGGUAAUUUUGAGCUUUGACUUAUGAUAGAAGAUGUUAUCAUCUCAUCAUCAAGUGCAUAAUGUAUAUAAAGAAAAAGAGGCUAUAAAAGCAAUAAUUUGUCCCUAUUAAUCCCCAUUACACUAAAUUGAAAUACCUCUCACUUUUGAUUUUGCUA